UAACAAACAAAAAGUAAACAAAUAAACGACGGAAAAUUUGUGAGGUUUUGGUGGCUAUUGUUGACCUAGCCAAGCAUGCCCACUUAACCAAGGAUGCCACGGAGGAUUCUGCAAAGCCUUCAAGGCCAAACUUGGCCGCCGUCUCCAAAUGUACGCGGUCAAAGCGGAGAAUUCGCUUGCCUUGGAAAAGGCGACAGGCGCCGCGAAAAGUAUGCUCCACCGGUCAUGUAUUAAUGGAGCUUACAGUCAAACGAGGCGCAAGCAAGGACAUACACUAUUCGUGUUUUGGGUCACCUAGUCCUGGGGAGCUCCUGGGGAAAAGAGGGGACAGGCCAAACGGCAACAACGAGGAUCACUACGGGUUUCGGGUCUAAAUCCGGAUAAAUUUACAAAUGAAGCAACAAUGGGAAUACAUGUAAUUCAAAUUAUCGAUAGUUGUCUUCACUGCCAUCGAUAGUGCUGUACCGGCAUUUUACGACUCUUAAAAAAAAACCAUAGAAAAUUCCACGUUGGACUUACAGCACACGGCGACCAACUCAAAUUGGGAGAUCAUAAUCAUAUAAUCACCUCUAAAAUGCAGGGCCAAAUGGUUCUAAUACCGGUCGUGGUGACCCUACUGAGCCUGAACGCAGGUUCCGCCAGCGAAGUUCCACGUCCUCUGGGAGUCUCACUGGCUAAGGCUUCACUGUACCAGCCGCGGGCGGGCGACAACAGUUGGACCUGCUUGGAUGGCAGCCGGAGCAUACCCUUCUCCCAGGUCAACGACGACUACUGCGACUGUGCGGACGGAAGCGAUGAGCCGGGUACUUCGGCCUGUCCACAGGGCCAGUUCCACUGCCUGAACAAGGGCCACCAGUCGGUGAAUAUACCCAGUUCCCGGGUGCAGGACGGCAUCUGCGACUGCUGCGACGGCAGCGAUGAAUCACAGGCGCUUGGUUGCCCCAACACCUGCCUGGAACUCGGUGCCGCGGCUGCUGCCCAAAGGCGCAACGAAGCGGAGCUGCACAAAUCGUUGGUUUUUUAUGCAAUUUUUUUGGUGAAAACAGAUACAUACAGAUAAUGGUACAUAAUUUAAUUAAUAACCAACCGUUUAGUUUUAAAUAUAAAACUGUCUGGCAGCGUGACAUUCAAAAUGUCCAUAGCUUAAAA